ACCCUCAAAUCCACACAUGGAAAUCGCCGCCAAAUCGGCGUCGAUCGAACUCAAGUUCGUUCGUUCGUUCGAUCUGAGCCGACGGAGUGCUCGAUUGACUCAGCUCCACUCGACACGGUCGAGAGGGAACAAAAGGAAAGCAGCAGGCGACCUGAGUACGUCACGGAACAGGUGAAAACAACAUUGUAGUCGGAUCACUUGUCAGUUAGCCAAGGGAAAGUAGUGUCGACCUGGCCUGGCAUAGCGUGGGGGACUGGUCUAGAUUCGGAUCCUCGGAUGCUCUAAUGGGAAGGCUUUCAUGAUGAUCCUUGUAUUUUUCCCUCGCCCAAUCAGAUUGGUACGCCUUCUAUUUGCUCAGUCCUCUGUCUCGUAGUUAAAAUCGAGUUUGUUCGCUCUCGGCUCGUGCAGGCCGUUGGAGGCCCAACUGACUUGCUAGAAGACCAAUUCGAGUUGUAUUACGAAGACACGGACAUGAAUCGGGCAAAAUGUCUUAAUUAACCAAUACGCCGACAGAUAAAAGUAACGACGAUCAUAAAGCAGCAGGUAGCGGUGGCAUCGUCCAAGUGGCAGACAAAAUUAAUCAGCAGCAGUGUGCAUGGGAACGAAGGAGGAUCCAACGAAAGGACAGGUUGAAUGAUGUGGAAGACGCAACGCGAUGCAACUCAUUGCCACGUAGUGAAAUGCUCGUUGAAGACGGGCGUCGGAGCAUCCAGUUGCACGUAAUGAAUACAGGCGUCGGAGUCAAAACUUCAACAGCCUUUCGCGUACCUGACUAUCGAUCAGGCUCGCCAUGGAAACAACUAGAGAGGACCCUGGUUGGUCCAUCCUGGGAACGCGACCAUUUCUAGUAAUAGAAUACUCUCGUCUUUAUCUGCCCAAUAAACAAUUCAUCCCAUCACUCUCGCUCUUUCUCCCUUGUUGCGUAGCUGCGUUGGCCUUUAUUUUAGUUUGCACGCAUUCGUUUAUCUCUUCACAGGACACGACGGACGGUGACCCCCACACACUGCACUGCGUGCGUGCAAAAGCUUCGUCUCAAAAGUCUAGUUCCUUCCCCAGACUCCCCUGCUCCUGUUCUUCUCCCUUAUUUAUCUCCUCCUCCGCCUCCAAAAAGGAUGUGUUCUUGAGCUAGAUAGUGGGAGAUUACAUUGAUGGGGAACUAUAGAUUUCGGCUGUCUGACAUGAUGCCCAAUGCUUGGUUCUACAAGCUCAAGGACAUGAGUCACAUAGCAAAUAGGAGCAAGAAGCAGGCGCCUCCGCCGCCGCCGCCGGCUAAGCUCCUCCCGGGUAGAGCCUCCUUGUACUACUCCAGCAGAGCCGAGGCGGAGAGGUUCUCAUUCUCCCCCACCAAAAGCAAAGCCCUGGCCGACCGUUUCGAGGAGCAGCCGCGGAAGUCCAAGAGAGGAAGCAGGAAGAAGCCCCCCGCCGCGCGGCCGCGGCUGGUCGCCUCCGCCGCCGCCGAAUUAGCACCGCCGGAGACGCCGCGCGAGGGCUCCGACUUCGCUGGCGGCGAGUCCGACCCGUGCUGUUGCAGAGUCAUCUCCUCUGCCACCGACAUCAUCAUCGACUUGGGCGCCGGAGACUCCGUCGAGCUCAAUCUCCGGCCGGUCGCGACGAAGCCGGUACUGCAAGGCGGCACGUAUUCUGUGGGGUCUGACGAGACGCAGGAACAGAGGCGACCGUCGUUGUCGUCGUCCCGCCGGCUACGGGUGCGCGCCAACUCCCCGAGGCUGGCCCACCGGAGCAGAGCAGCGCGGAGGCAGAAGAAGGCGCUGCCGGAGAGUGCCUUGGCGGUGGUGAAGACGUCGUCGGACCCGCAGAGGGACUUCCGGGACUCCAUGAUGGAGAUGAUCGUGGAACACAACAUCCGCGCUUCCAAGGACUUGGAGGAGCUCCUCGCUUGCUAUCUGUCGCUCAACUCCGACGAGUACCACGAUCUCAUCGUCAAGGCAACCUAAGAAGGAGGACAGUUUCUGAAAGUGAUAGCUGGCCAAAUUCUGGCUCAAAUCUAACUAAAUCUUGCAAGGAGGGGACUGCACAAUGGAACUCUGCACGUUAAUGGGUGUGCAUGUUUUUAAGUCUGCAAUUAAAGUUUCUUUUUCCAUAACAAUCGAAUGCAGUUUCUGGACACGGCAGCGUUUCAUGAACCAUGAUGCUGGCAGAAGGUUUCAGUGAAACGUAAAAGGUACAGAGAUCCUCUUCAUGGUAUCUAAUACAACCUGCAGUUUUCUGAAGCUGUCGAGACAUCGAGUGAAUCUGAAAUAUUUAAUCUGGACUACAUAAAGGACCUAUCACCUAAGCCUUAAUAUUAUCUGCACAGCAGAGACACUGGUUUGGAGUAAUGUUGGGAUUUGACGCAUCAUAUCAGAGACACGGACUUCCAAAAGAAACAUGCAAAUGUAUAAACUCUCUUCUUCCCGGCGAAGGAACCUAUUCAUGGUGGGCAACU